AUUCUCGGUCUCUUCACGCUCUGCACUGCCUGUGAGUCUCUGAGCCAACUGCAAACACCUUCAGUCAUGAACAAGAUCAUCGUUUACGAACAUCCCGACUUCAAGGGCCUCAGAAAAGAGUUUGCCUCUGAUGUCUCUGAUUUAAGUAAAGUGAGUUUUGAUAACUGCAUCUCCUCUCUGAAGGUGAUUGGGAAUCCAUGGGUGGCGUACACAGACGCAAAUUUCGCUGGUGAACCGACUGCCUAUGAGGAAGGAGAAUAUGCCAGCGUGUACUACAAUGAUGACAUUUCUUCACUAGAGCUGGUGAGAGAGGACCUAAAUAAUCCUCAGAUUACACUGUAUGAAGAUGAAAACUACCAGGGCCGGCGCCUCGUUCUCAACACUGAGACCAAUCUGCAUUAUGGCACUUUUAAUGAUACAGUAUCUUCUCACAAAGUGCAGAAAGGAGCCUGGGUUCUGUAUCAGCAUAGCGACAGAGGUGGGUAUAUCCAGGUGGCCAGGGCGGGUCGUGAUGUGCCUAAGUACGAAUGGUUCGACAACCGUCUGACCCAUGUCCAUCCUCUUAAAGCAGGCAAAGCCACCAUUAAAGCUGAAGUUGAAUGGGACAAAAAGAAAGAACGUGCAAAGUCGGUUAUCAUCGAGUCCAUCACUGUUGUGAAUAAUGGAUCAGAGUAUCAAAUCUUCACCACUGAUGUGAAUCGAGAAUAUUCAGGAUCUGUCACUGAGAGCUUCAAAUUUAGCGAUUCCACACAGAUUGGUUUUGGAACCAAACUUGAAGUACCAUUGUUUGGUUUUAAUAUAGGGCAAAGCUUCAAUGCCAGUAACACUUUUACCGUGGAGAAGGGCAAAAGCACCACCACUACCAAGACCAAAAGUAUCAGGGUCUCCUUGCCAGCCAGAAUUCCUCCUCACACCAAGCUUACGGUGAAUGUGGUGAGGAAGGAGGUGAUCGUUAUGGUCCCAGUCAAGCUGACCAGCACCACCGGCUUUCUCUCUGAGGUCGAGUAUGGAGAGUACGUCUGUGAAUGCGGGGACUCUAUUAACACUGAAUUCAAGGAGGAGAAGAUACAGCCACGUACGGGAUAAAACACUCCCUGUCAUGCUGUUCUGGGGAGUAUCAGUAACGGAGUUGUGUACGCAGAGGUAUUUUUACAAAUAUUAUGGAAAAUUUGUUUUUGAUACACUGUGCAUGUUACAAAACAGAGCAGUCAUUUUAUCUCAUAGAAGUUUUGCUUUGCCUUUUAAAUGUCCUUCAGUUUAAACGUUCUCAUUUGCUAUGUACUUUUAUUUGUCUUAUUACUGCUUUGAAUUCUUUAUAUAUGUUUCAACUUGAAUUCAUUUUGACGUGUGUAAAUUUUGUCUUGUAAUAAUAUUUAGAUUUUUAAAAAACAAGAAUAAUCACGGAAAAAUGUUAUCAGUACCAUGAAGGUUGAAUAAGUGUAUAUAGAGAUGGGAUAUUUGAAUUAGCUUAUUUGAAUCAUGCAUAGACUAGUCUUAGCUUUCAUUGUAUCCUACUAAUCUCAUCCUUUCUUAUAUCAUUAACAAAGUUUAAAGUGUCUAAAGAGUGUGUUUAAUCCUUAUUCCUUAUCUUUCCAUGUCUGUGUGAAAUGUGAAAGAUGUUAAAUCUACAACGAUCAAACAAUGUGCAGGCAUGUCAUGUGAUCUUACUGCCCUGAUUAUUGCACAUCCUAUAAUACAAUGCUUUUUAUGCUAACAUUAAAAAUAAAUGAACAAAUAAAACUCAAA